AUGGCAGGCGCUGGCCCUUCUGUGGCUAUAGGGAACUUUAUGCAAGACUUUGAGAAGUCUCAGGAACAAGUGACUCAACUUUUGACGUUCAACUUCCUUCUCCUUGGUAUCGGCAAUAUAUUCUGGGUCCCAGUCGCCUUGAAAUUCGGCAAGAGGACAUCACUUUUGCUAGCAAUGACCUUGCAGAUGGGUGCUCUGAUUUGGUGUGCGCUUGCCAAAGGCUUCGACAGCUUGCUUGCUGCCCGAAUCGUACUUGGUUUUGCUGCUGCCGCGGGAGAGAGCAUUGUUCCCGAGAUAGUCGCAGAUCUCUUCUUCCUCAGUGAACGGGCCACCAUGAUGUCCAUCCCUGCUUUGUUGAGAUAUGUUAUCUUGAUUUCCUGUGGGACUGCUGUUGGCCCUCUCGUUGCAGGCUUUAUGGUCCAGUAUACUGCACAAACAUGGAGGAGUUACUUUUGGCUCUGUGUCGGAUUGGCCGCCGCCAACCUCGUCCUUCUAUUCUUUUUUUGCCCCGAAAGCAACUUUCGCCGACCCAAUUACGAACCUGAUACCCAGAUGGAAGUUCACGCCAUUGAUGAUGAAAAAUUGGCUGGAGAAUCGAGUUCCAGUUUUGUCGAAAACGUUUCGGGAAGUAGCUUGGGAUACACUGUUCAUCUGUUGCCACUCAAGGAACGCCUUUACUUGGUUCGAUAUGAUGCCAGUAUAAGUUUUUGGAGAACCUUCGUCGAGCCCCUUAGAUUAUUGCGCUAUCCGUCCGUCCUGUGGACUAUUUAUACUUACGGAUGCGCCCUGAGCCCGCAGAUUAUCUUGAUAUUUACCAUGUCCACACUCCUUAUGCCUCCACCAUAUGAGUUCUCAUCCACGGAUGUAGGGCUCAUGGAGAUAGCUGCGAUAAUAGGCUUUCUGGUAGCCUGCUUCGGUGGCGGGUAUCUUUCCGAUAUUAUCACUGGAUAUAUCAUCAAAAAAAACCAGGGUGUGACUAGACCCGAGCAACGCCUCGUCUCGUUGCUUCCGGGAAUGUUCGUGGCCCCAGCAGGGUGCAUUCUGCUUGCCUUCGCAUGUCAGGAAAAGCUCAGUUGGGUUGCGAUAGCUUUUGGAUUCGCAAUGGUCUCUUUUGGAGAAGUUUACACACCAAACAUCGCUCUUACCUAUGUAGUCCAUCGCCAUCAGGAGCAUGCCGCCCAGUCCCUCGUUCUCAUUAACAUUUUUAAAAACAUUCUCGCUUUCCUAUUCUUGUACGAGGCCGUCCCUUGGGUUAUUUCUCAGGGCUUCAUUCAGGUUUAUAUGAUUAUGUUCAUGUUGAACAUGCUUACCUUGGUCCUGGCUGUGCCACUCUACUUCUACGGACCCCGUGAGCGGGAAUAA